GCGCUCUACCUCCCUUAGGAAGCAUUUUAGAACACACUUUUAUAUGAACUUUUCUUCAUGAUUUUUUAUGUAGAAUCACACCUUUAAAUAUAUGAACGCAAUUUUCGGGCACCUGUAUAUGUAUAUUUUGCGAGAUUUUUAAGUACCGCUGAUUUUGACUUUUAACAGAUGUCAUUUAGAAAACGUCAAUUUCAAAUUAAAUUUUAAACUUAAAAAAAAAAUAAUUAAAUAAUAAAAUUCUCGUGUAUAAUGAAACUUAUUAAUGCUAUUUUAAAAAGUCACACAUCACACCAAAAAUAUGAAAUUAAAUUCGAAUUAAAAAAAAAGCAUAUUAUACCAACCUUAAUAGUUCAUGGAGGUGUUGGUAAUAAUUUAAGCAGAUUAGCUCCUAAUAAAAUGGAAGAAGUUAAACGAGCUGCAAUGGUCGGUUAUAAAGCAAUGACACGAAGCGGAAGUGUAAUUGGUGGUAUUGAGGAGGCUAUGAAUUACAUGGAAGAAUGUCCUGAAUUUAAUAUCGGUGUUGGAUCGAUGAUUAACGAUGAAAAUGAAAUUGAAAUGGAUGCGAGUAUAAUGGAUGGGAGAGGGUUAAGGGUCGGUGCGGUUGGUUGCGCAAAAAAUAUUUUACAUCCAACCAGUUUGGCACGAGGAGUUAUGGAUUUCACACCUCACGUCCUUAUCAGUGACGAAGGAAUCAAGUAUUUCGCGAAAUACGCGAAAACUCGAUUCCUAAAUAACGACUUGUUAAUCACCGAUUUAGCAAGGGAUUUAUUUCAAAACCCUUACGAUAAUUGUGACGUUGGUAACGCUGGUGUUAUCGCAAUUGACCACGAUGGACAUUUAGCUGCCGCCACCGGAAACGCUGGUCAACCCAAAAAACCAGCUGGGUCUUUAACGGAAGCCGCGCGAGUUGGAUGCGGAAUUUACGCCGAUAAUAAUAUCGGCGCUGUGGCCGUUGCCGGAAAUAGUCAACAUUUAAUGAAAUUUCUUUUAGCUUUUAAAGUGUACAAAAGCAUGAUGUACGGAUUAAAUCCAAAAGAUGCUUUAAAAGAAAACCUCCUCUAUCUUAACGCAAAAUUUUCUUCAAACGGAGGUGGAAUUGUACUUUCAAAAUGGGGUGAUGCCGCUAUUCAUUACACAACUCCUCAAAUGGCCUGGGCUUUUCAAAGGGGUGAUAAAGUUUAUUUCGGAUUGAAUAAGGGCGAAAUGUUUGUUGAAAAAUCUUGUUAUAAUAAAUCAGCAUAUUAAGUUUAAAUAAAGAAUUGAUUAUGCAACC